CUGAGCCGUUAAGGUGAGGCUCAGGCUUUAAAAAGUCUUGUAUGCACCUGUCUGUUUUUCUCCAAAUAAAUUAUUCAAAGUUUUUCUCUCAACUGUGACUUGCAUUGGACUGGACACGCCCCAACACCCCAGACGAAGCUUCUCUAGUGUUACUUGGAGCUCUUCUGAGGUCAGUGGAAGCUCUUUUAUGCAGGCUAAAAGGAGAAGCAUGGCAGAACCAGGACAUGUCUGGUCCACCAUACUGUCAUACCGGUGCUCACGAUGCCAGGGAAUGUGAGCCACAUGCUGGUGACAUCAGCAUGUGUUAUACACAGUUUUCUCCAGUGAGCAUGACCAAAGCAGAUGCUCUUCCCCAUGAGACGGUCCCUUUACAGAACACAGCUCCUUGUCUGAGUGACCACGACCUGUCCAAGCUGGUCAGCAUAUCUCCUCUAUUCAGGACCCUGCAGGAGAUCCAGCAGUCUUUGCAUGACCUUACCAAUACUGAGGCUAAUCAGAAUGACCACUAUGAGCUCUCUGUCCAGGACAACCAUGAUGGACAGCUCAUCCCCACUGCGCUGGAAAGCCUCUCACCUAAUCACAGUGCUGUUUUCCUGUUUGGUUGCCAGAUGAUGCAAUUGCUUGCAAACUGCCCCCUGUUCCCCACUGUGCUUCUGCUCCUGGCCAGGUCAAUCCCUGUUUCUCCAGCUUCCUCCAACAGGGCUCUUCUGGCACAUUGCUCAAGGGACUUUUAUUUUGAUCAGACCAAUCACAUCCUUUAUCUGUCAGAGGUAAAGCUUCAGCAUGCCGGACAUUUCAUGGCUACUAUUCUACAAGCCAUGGCCUACAUAGCAUCAGGAUCCAAACCUCAGAGCUUUAUGCAAGCUCUCCAUGAGGCCAUUUCAGCGUUAAGCCUUCAGCUGUUCAAUUCUUCUUUCAAAUGGAGCACAGCAGAGUCAAAAUGUAAUGAUUCAGCGGGGCGACAGGGGACAUUCGUUGAGGAAUUUCUCAACAUUAGAGUUCCCAGUGAGCAGCACUUCUCAGAGCAUCUUUUAGCUAACAGACUUGAGAAAUACAAAUACUUCAAGUUAGAGCAGCUCAUCCUGAACCUCAAACAGAGUUCAACUGAGGACCUAGACGCAGGUUUUCCACCAAAAGGGACACCGAUACAGAUGUCCUGUGUGGAGGAAGAAAUUGACCGCUUGAACGAGUGUUUCCUGCAGCUGAGCGUGCAGCUUCAGAAGAGAGCUCGAAUGGGCAUAUGGCCAAAGGAGAGUGAGGACAGUGCUGCUGGCAAUGCUGCGAGCGCAACACCAACAGGCAUGCCAAGCCUCAGUCGUAAUGGAACAAUCCUGCUGGAACUGAGGAGACGCUACGUAUCACAGCGCCUCGAUGAGCUCCAAACCACAUUAGGCCACAUCAGACGGUGCCAGCAGCAUGACAGCAAAUCAAGAGAGGGGACAAGAGGCCGUACACAAACGGACAGCAGCAGCAGCACUCAGCAGGGGCAGUGCCAGGACAGUAGUCGCAGCCAACAAACCACAGAGAGCAGAGGUCUUGGCCCAUAUAACACGGAGAGUCAUAUUUCUGACCAGCAGUGGAGUGAAUCUUUACUAGAUUGCAAGAUAAUAGAGAGCCAAGAUCAACUGCCUCUGAAAGGCCCAGGAGAGCAGGACGUGUGUAGUCACAUCACAAUAGAAAACACAACUGAACAUACAGAUAUUGAUGACAUUUGGGGAUCUAGUGAUCAGAAAUUGGAUCUGAAUAAGGAAAAAUGCUGACAAACAACUUAUUUUCUCAAGAUUAUUACUUACUUACUAAGAGUUCUUUUCUUUUUUUUUGCGUUUGGUUAAAAACAUUUUUGUUUGUUUGUUGAGGAAUGAUCCCACAGACCUCUGUCUUAAUUUGCACGAGCCUUGAAACAUUUCAUCUGAGUUCUAAUUAUCUCAACUCUUGAAUGGUAAUUAUUUCUCGGCAACAAGCAGCCGUGUCACAUAAUCUGUCAUUUUGUGCAAACAGGAGUUAAAAGCAGACCUCUGGUACAGGCUCUGCUUAUUAGCAUAUUCUAAUUAAGAUAAUAAACUCUAGCGGAAUGAA